GCACUCGUACUGGCGGGGUCGGCGCCCAAACCCUAGCUAUAAAUAGUCUCCUCUGUCUCAGUCUCUCAGACAGCUUCGCCGGAGGCGGAAAUCGACGCAGAGCUCGCAAAACCCUACCUCUUGUUUUCCGAUCUCUCGUACACUCGAAGCCAUGUCGAAAAGGAAAGUAAGGGAACCCAAGGAGGAGAAUGUUACUCUUGGACCUGCUGUACGAGAGGGAGAGUAUGUUUUUGGCGUGGCACACAUUUUUGCCUCGUUUAAUGACACAUUCAUUCAUGUCACCGACUUGUCUGGACGAGAAACAAUGGUGCGCAUCACUGGUGGAAUGAAGGUGAAGGCUGACAGGGAUGAAUCAUCACCAUAUGCAGCCAUGCUUGCAGCGCAAGAUGUUGCUCAACGAUGCAAGGAACUUGGCAUUACUGCUCUCCAUAUAAAGCUCCGUGCAACUGGAGGAAACAAGACUAAAACUCCAGGUCCAGGUGCCCAAUCAGCACUUAGAGCCCUUGCCCGUUCUGGCAUGAAAAUUGGUCGCAUAGAGGAUGUGACUCCAAUUCCUACUGACAGUACUCGCAGAAAGGGUGGUAGGAGGGGGAGACGACUGUGAUUGCUUCAUUUUCAUUUCCAUCUCAUUUGCUCAGUUGCUCCUAUGCCUUAUUGCUUAGAUGUGACUGUCUUUAAUUUUCAGUGAAUUUGAUUGGCUUUACAUCCGAUGACAUUGAGCUUAUAGAAAGAGUGACAAGCUUUUGAUGUUUUCCAUGUACGCUCUUUAAAAAAUGGUACUUUGGAAAGACAUGUUUUCAUGGAAUGAUACGAUGGUGUGACUAUUUUGCAA